AUGGACAUCAGCAGUUCCCUCGUCAUAGGGAAGCCUUACGCCACAGAUGAUGUCCGGAAUUGCCAUCGAUCUAUCAUAACGAUACUCUAUCGAGAUGAUAAUAAGUCUUUGAAGCAAGUUAAGCAGAUCAUGGAACGUGACUACAACCUGUUCGCCACUGAAAGAAUGUCCAAGACCCGAAUCAAGAGCUGGGGGCUCGACAAGAAGCUCAAAGAAGCCGAGACGCAGUAG